AUGGGUGAAGAUAUAGAGACAUUAACAGACUCUGAAGAAGAUGAGUUGGUCCAAUUAGAACGAGAGUAUGAGCGGAAGAAGCAACUUUUAUUGGAGAAGAAGAACGAGAAGAAGAACCAUCAUCAAGAGAAUAGUAAUAGUGCAAUCAUCUCGAUCCAAGUAGGUGAUACCCCACCCAGUUCUCCAAAGACCAAUAAUAAAGAUAAUAAUAACAAUAUCAAAGAUCAACAAUGCUUUUCUGGUGAAUUUGCGCAGAGGAAACAAGCUCAAAGCAAACUCCCAAGUAGUUUCAAUGGGAACGUAUUGAAACCGAAAGGCCAGUCAUCAUUUGGAGCUAAACUCGAGAAUGCGUCCGACAAAAAGCCAACAAAGUUUAAUAUUGACCUUCAAGAUCGGAUCUUUGGCUUUACAGAUGAUGAGAUACCUCGUUUAAACCAAGUGGUGACAGAAAAUGACCAAUUCACCAAAGAACCAAUGAUAAGAAGGUACAUUGAUCCCAAAUGUGUGACUCAGUUAAUUAGCCAGUAUAACAUCAAGAUAAUGAGCUUACAAAAGUUCUACGCCAAAUGCUCUCCACCAUCAUAUAAUGAACCUAAUUAUAUAAAUUGGAUGGUAUGCGGAUUUGUUCUAAGUAAGCCUGAACUCUGCACAACCAAAGAUGGGAAGAAUAAGUAUCUCAAAUUCUUCUUUGGUGAUUGGAAUACGGAUAUUGGGGUCUUAGUAUUUGAUAAAGCAGUGAAGCAUUUUAUCCAUCUUGUUGCAGGAGAGAUUAUUUUAAUUCUUAAUCCUGGAAUUGCCAGGAAACCAUCCAAUGGCAUACAAUUCAAGAAUAAAGAUAAUAUUAAGAAUAUUAUAUCAGUGGGGUUAAUGAAAAACUACGGGAAAUGUAAAAAAUGUAACAGAGCCAUAAACACUGCAAAAGGAGAUUUAUGUCAAAUUCAUUUGGAACAACAUUACCGUAGUGGUACUAAUAGAAUGGAACUAAAUGGUGCAGUUAGUCUUCAAGGGCCAUCGUUGUCUUCCUCUUCAUCAUCGUAUGAAAGGAGAUUUAAAUAUAGUCCCCCAGAGGAGCUGACUCGAACUUAUUCUGGAGGUAAUUCAAUAAAUCUUGCCAAAUAUGACGAUCCCAAUUUGGUUACUGAACUGAUAAGGAAAAGGAAGCGAAAAGACGAUGAAAAGGCAAAUCAACUAUUAGAAUCAAAAUUAAUGGGUAUUGUUAACCCCACAUCCUCUGGUAGACUUCGAGAUUUAGGUAUCUUGUCAGAAUCAUCUUAUAAAUCGGUUGAAAAACAAUAUAGUUCAGAUUCCCAGAAGGGGUUGACCAAUGCAAACUUAAAAGACCUUGGAUUCAAUCCAUUACUCCCCAAACGAAGAAAUACCAAUAUCAACACUACCUCCGCUAAAUCUACAAAAUUACAAGAGCUUAUGGCAUUAGCAAAGAAUGGUAGAAAUAAUAAAUCGCUAUUUGUAUCUCGGAAAGAUUAUAAUGUCCAACAGGACCAAAAAACUCAAAGUUUACAAAACCUCGAACGGUAUAAGAAAUCACUACUGAAGGAAAAGCAUGUGCAACUCUACGACGAUCUGGAUUCAGAUCAAGAGCAACAAGAGGUUGCUGGUGGUAAUCGCCACAAGUAUACACACAAAUUCAAUGGUACUCAAUCACUUGAGAUAUUACCUGAUGAUACUAACAAUGAAGAAGAUGACGAUGAUGAGUUAGACAUUGAAUUUACUAAUGAAUAUGCGCGGAAAAAGUACCAUCAACUCAGGGCUAAGAGUGACAGCAACAGGAAGUGA